CACGCGAAAGAGAGUGUGAGUGUGUGUGUGAAUGAAUGAUGAAGUUAGCACAACUCAAAAACUGAAUGCAUCAUCACUCAGUGUAUCACUGUCAACAACACUCCCACCAGCAUUAAAAGCUCUCAACUCCCCCACCCCACUCUUCUUCCUCUUCCCUUCUCCACUCACCUCUUUCUCUUCCGCUUCCAAAUUCUCUCUCGAGAUCUCUUCCUCUCUCUGACUUUCUGCAUGCACACCGCUUUCGUCGGCUAGAUCUUCCACCGCGUUUCAUGGAUCCGGAAACACACUCUCCUGCAUUGUCUUCUCUCUCCUAGGGUUUCGCGUUUCACGUUUCGCCUUUUUACAAGCUAUGCGUUCUCUCUCUCGCGCUUCGGCCUGCUGCUGCCGUAUCCGUCAUGACCGGACGCCCUGCCGGAAUCUCGACGUUUGCCUCUCGCUCUUUCAGUUUCCUCUCUCCUCCUGACGAUGCUCAACGCCGGUGUCGACUGCGGCUAGAGAGAAUGCCGGUGUCGGUCGUCUUCUUCCUUGCUUUUCUCAACUUGCUUUCCUCUUCUCAAGUGAAGUCGUUUUCUUUGAGUGUGUCAUUUGCUUCAUCAGAACAAGCUAAAAUGUGGUUUGCUAAACCUUCUUUUGGACCUUCUUCUGCACCCAUUCCAUCUCCAAACCAUCAAGGUCCUUACAUGACUUCAAGACAGAGACAUCAUUAUCAUCACCGUCGCCAUCACAGCAUGAGACCUUAUGUAGUGGCUCCACCCCCUUCAGAAGACAAAGCUUGCGACCAAAUCUGCACUGAACCACUUACAUCAACUCCCUUUGGUUCACCUUGUGGUUGUGUAAUUCCCAUGAAGGUUCGACUUACACUGGAUGUAGCACCUUAUGCUGUUUUUCCAGUAAUGACUGAGUUAGAGAAUGAAAUUGCAUUAGGCACGUAUCUAGAGCAGAGUCAGGUGAAGAUAAUGGGUGCCACUGCUGACAGUCAAAAUCAGGGAAGAACUGUUGUUGAUAUUAAUUUGGUUCCGCUGGGAGAGAAAUUUGACAAUACAACCGCAGCUUUGACAUAUGAGAGGUUUUGGCACAAGAAGGUUCCUCUAAAUAGGAGCCUUUUUGGUGAUUAUGCCGUUGUGUAUAUUACUUAUCCAGGAAUGCCAUCUUCACCCCCAUAUGGAUCUUUAGUUGGGAGUGGUCCCAGUCAAAGUGUUGAGGGCAUUCUUCCGGUCAGUGCCAACUUUGUCGGCAAGAACCAGAAAAUGAAUGUGAGAACCAUAAUCAUCAUUGCUUUAUCUUCAUUUGUACUCUUGCUGGUUUUGGUGGGAGCAUUUUCAAUUAUUUUGAAAUGGAAGAAGACUAGGAGACCAUCGAAUGCUGUUGGCCCUGCAUUCACAUCAUCUCUGAACAAGAGAUCAGGCUUGGGGUCUAUGUUGUCAAGCAGUAUUACUAGCUCAACAUCAGUGUCACUUAUGUCCACAAUGGCUACUUCCAUUCUCUCUGUUAAAACAUUUUCACUUUCUGAGCUUGAGAAAGCAACAGAUAAGUUUAAUUCAAAGCGGAUACUGGGCGAAGGAGGAUUUGGACGUGUUUAUAGUGGAACAUUGGAAGAUGGCGCUGAAGUUGCAGUUAAGCUUCUAACAAGAGAUAAUCAGAAUGGAGACCGUGAAUUUAUUGCAGAGGUUGAGAUGCUAAGCCGUUUACAUCACCGGAAUCUAGUGAAACUGAUUGGUAUAUGCAUUGAGGGGCGCAGGCGUUGCUUGGUGUAUGAACUUGUUCGCAAUGGAAGUGUUGAGUCCCAUCUGCAUGGUGAUGACAAGAUAAAGGGGAUGCUAGAUUGGGAAGCACGGAUGAAAAUUGCCCUAGGAGCUGCAAGAGGAUUGGCAUAUCUUCACGAGGAUUCCAAUCCCCGUGUAAUCCAUCGAGACUUUAAAGCUAGUAACGUGUUACUAGAAGAUGACUUCACUCCCAAAGUUUCUGAUUUUGGAUUGGCAAGAGAAGCAACUGAAGGAAGUAAUCAUAUUUCAACACGAGUGAUGGGAACUUUUGGGUAUGUUGCUCCCGAAUAUGCAAUGACAGGGCAUUUACUGGUCAAGAGUGAUGUUUAUAGUUACGGUGUUGUGCUGCUUGAACUUCUCACAGGCAGAAAGCCAGUGGAUAUGUCUCAACCUCAGGGACAGGAGAAUCUUGUAACUUGGGCACGGCCAAUGUUGACCAGUAGAGAAGGACUAGAACAGCUGGUGGAUCCAUCUUUGGCUGGAAGUUACAACUUUGAUGACAUGGCAAAGGUUGCCGCAAUCGCUUCAAUGUGUGUUCACACGGAGGUUACACAGAGACCUUUUAUGGGUGAAGUUGUGCAGGCUCUUAAGUUAAUAUACAAUGACACAGAUGAGACUUGUGGAGAUUGUUGUAGUCAGAAGGAUUCCUCUGCUCAGGAGUCCGAUUUUAGAGGUGACCUUGCCCCUUCUGAUAGCAGUUGGUGGAAUGCGGGAGGGUUAACCCCUCGAUUAACUUAUGGGCAAGCAUCUUCCUUCAUUACUAUGGAGUACAGUUCUGGUCCACUUGAAGAAAUGGAAAACAGACCGUUUUCAACAUCAAGCUUGAUUGGAGAUGAGAUAUCGUUACCAAUUAGGCAUGGGAAUAGAUCAGGCCCCUUAAGAACAGUCCGAAACAAACUUUCCUUACAUAGAUUUACAGGAAGUCGGAGUGAGCAUGGAGGACCUUCUUCCAAGCGUAAUUGGAAUGAUGGUUACUGGGUUUAAGAGGUUUGGGGGAUUUUCCACUGUUUUUUAAAUGUACAGUUUCUAAAGGGAUCAGAACUAAUGAUUAAGUGACUGAUUUAGUUUAGGGAUCUCAAAUUUCUGCAGUUUUCAUGUUAUGGUUGGAGAGAUACAGAGACGUUGACAAAUUUUGAAAUAUUGAUUCAUUAUACAAGGAGGAAGUGUAAUUUAAACAGUGUUGUAAAUGCCUUGAAUUGUAUCUCAUGGCGUCUUUCCAUUUCCGUUUCCAUGUCUAUCACAAAGGACGUUCCAUGUUGUCAAAAAUGAACUCACUAUGACAAUUCCUUGAUAUACCUAUUUACUAUGAA